AUGCAGAAAAUUAAUUUUUAUUUUUUUGUAUUGGCAAUAAUUUCAAUAAUAUUUAAAUAUAAUGAUUUAUUUGUAAAUUCACAAAUAAAUGAUGUUAAAUCAUCAUUAGAUUUAGGAUGUUUUUCAUAUAUUGUUGAGCCACCAUCAGGUACAAUUAUUUUAAAUCCAAAUUCAUUUGAAUUAAUGGUGGAAUUUAAUCAAAAUCCAAUUUAUAUAUUUGAUGGUGUUAGUUAUUCAAAAACUACUUCAGUAUCAGAUAUAGAAUUAUUGUCAUUUUUUAAAUAUCAAGAUGUUACAGGAUUACCUAUAUUUAAUUUUUGGGAUAAAAUUACAAAUAAAACAUAUUUACCAAAUUCAUCAAAAACAAAGGGAGUUGGUAAUAGAAUUUGGUUAACAUUUAUAAAUUUACCAAUUUCAAAUAGUUUAUACUUUCAAAGUAAUAUUGGUUUAUCAAGUGAAAAUAGAUAUUUAAUUGGAGCUAGAUCAAUAAAUGUUUAUUCAAGUAAUUCAGUAGCACCACCAAAAUUAGAGGUUAAUCCAUUCCUUUCAAGUUGUCCAAUUUCUAAAAGAGUAGAACCAAUAUGGAAUUUUAAAAAUCCAAGUAGUACACAAAUUUAUCCAAGUACAUUAAAAGUAGAAUUAUGUUCAACUAUAAGUGAUUCAAUAAAAUCAAGUAGUAAAAUUUGUUCUGGAUCUAAUCAAAAAUUUUAUUAUUCCUUAGUAUUACCAGUAUCAGUUGGUAAAGGUAUUGUUUCAACUGUUUUAAAUAGUGUAACAUAUCAAGGUUUUCAAUAUAAGUUUAAAGAUUAUCAAAUUAAAAUUCAAACAAAUCAAGAUAUUUCAGUUUCUAUACCACUUGAUUAUAUAAAAAGUUAUUCACCACCCUAUGAAGUUCAAUUAACUUCUGAUCCUCAAAAUGCACCUUAUCAAGAUUUAAAUGUAAUUGAUUUUAAAACUUUAGAUAAUUAUAUUUCACUUUAUAAUAGUGGUUAUUAUAAUCAAGUUUUAUAUGGUGAUGAAAAUGUUUUAAAAAUUUUUAAUAUGAAUUCAAGUAUUGAUUCAAAAUUUUUAAUUGAAAAUUAUAAAUCAAAUUUUAUAUUUAAAUCAACAACUAAUAAUUUGAUUAAAGAAAUUUAUAUUUUAAUUGGUGAAAACGCAAAUGAAUUUUAUAAAGAUUAUUUUCAAUGUCCACAAAAUUCAUUAAGAAAUUCAUUUACGGUUAAUCAUGGUAAACCAACUAUUCAUAGUUUAGGAUUUUUAAAUCCAUAUAAAGGUUUUAAUUUCAAAUUAGAAAAUUUAAAAAUUAAUAGAGAUUUACAAAUUAAUUUUGGACAUAAUAUAAAUGAUGAUGAUGAAUCAAUUAAAAUUAAAAUGAAUAAUAAUAAUAGUAAAAGUGAUUAUUAUUUGACAAAAGAUUUAUUGGUUGGAGUAUUUGUAGAUUUUACAGUUUCAAGUAAUCAAUAUCAAUCAUUGGCAAAUAGUAUUUUAUUUGUACCAGAUUCAAAAGAUUUAAAUGGAAAUGGUUUAAUUAUACCAAAAUCGAGUGUUGGUAAUGGUAUGAAUCAAAUUGGUUUAAAUGUUGCAGAUUGGUAUAAACAACAAGCUGUUGGAUUUUGUAAUCAAGAACAUGGUUCAAAUGUAAAAAAUCAAAUUCAACAUUAUAUUCAAGAUGGUGGAUAUACAUUAGAUUUAAUGAUACCAAAUUGGAUAAAUGUUGGUGGUCAAUCAAUUGAAGGUAAUGGUGGUGGUGGCGAUCGUACAAUUAUUAAUUCAACUUCAUCAGAAUUAUUAAUGAAAUUUAAUUCAAAUCAAGCUUUAUUUAAAGUUUAUUUUAGUGAAUUUGAAUUUUUUGAACCAAUGAUUCAUUCAGAUAAUUUAACUUGGGUUGGUAUAGCAGGUACAACAAUUGGUAAAGAAUGUUUUGGUCAAUUUCAAUUUGAUAUUAUUAAUUUUGGUAAAGAAAGUUCAAUUGUAAAUUUUGAUAUCGAUUGUAUUCAAGAUGUUUAUUUGGAAAUUGUAAAUUUUGCACAAAUUAUACCGGGUGAUUCAAAUCAAAAACGUUCAUUUUUUGUAAAUGUUGGUAUUGAAAAAUUUUAUAAAUCUAAAAUGAUUCAAUGUAAUGUUUCAAUGUGGAUUGAUAUUAAAAAUAGACCAAUUUGGAGUUCAAUUAAUAAAUCAAUUAAAAAAAUGGUUGAAAUACCAAUUUUUAAUGGUUGUAAUAUACCAGAUCCAUGUUUAAAUAUAAAUAGUGAACCAAUUAUUUCAAAAGAUUUACAACCAAUAAUUAAAUAUAGUGGUUGGAAUAAUUUAGGUAAUUUUUUAAAUUCAAUUACAAUUGAAAUUGAAAUUAAAAAUAUUGGUAAUAAUACUGGUGAUUUCAUUUCAACAUUAGAUUGUCAAUCAAAUAUUCAACCACCAGCUAAUGUAAAUAUCUUUAUGAUAAAUGAUGAAAAUUUUAUAAUUACAAAAGGAUUGGAAAAAUCAAAAACUUCAAUUGUUCAAUUUUUAUUAUAUGGUGAAUCAUCACCAAUCGAUGGUAUACAAUUAACUUGUAAAAUUAAAACUAAACUUUAUAAACCAAAUACAAUUUGUUGGUUAAAUUAUGAUCAAGAGAAUUUAGUUUCAUUUAAUCUUUUAUAUCCAUAUGAUAAAUGUGUACAAAUUUAUAAUACAGGCAAAGAGCCAUUGAUUGAAUAUAGUUUAUUUGAAUAUAGUAAUGGUAAUGCUAUACCAAAUUAUUCAUUUGGUGUAAGCCAAUGGUUUCCAUCAAUGGAUAGUAAUCCAUUACCAAAAAAACAUCCAUUAAAAGUUUUAGAGAAUUCAUUAAAUAAAAAUAGUAUUAGAUUUGGGCCAGUUGAUACAUUAUAUAACCAAUUUCCAUCGAUUGUAAUUAAAAAUGGUGGUGGUAAAUCUGGUGAUUUUACAAUUGAUAUUGGUAAUUGUUCAGAUAGUGUUUUUGUUUGGGCUGAUUCAUAUACAAUUACAAUUCCAUCAGGUGAAAUUAGAAAAUUCAUUUUUCAAGUAUUUUCUUAUCCAACAAAUAUUAAAUCCUAUAGUGUCGAAUGUCAAUUAUCAAUUAAAACUGAUCAUCAAGAAUGUCAAAGUGAUCUUGGUAAAUCAUUUUUACAAAAUCCAUUCUUAGUUUAUCCACAUUAUUUACCAUGUGCUGGUAAUUGGUUAGAACCAUCAUUAUUUAAACCUUUAAGUUUUUGGGAUUCAAAUUUACUACUCAAUAACACAUUGGAAUUUUCAGAUUUAAAUUUUAAAAUUGGAAAAUGGAAUUAUUAUAAAGGUGAAAAUACAAUUAUUGAACCAAAUUAUUAUUACCAAGAUUUAUCAUUACAAGUUAAAAAUGUUGAAUAUGGGUAUGGUAAUGUUAUUUCAACUUUAACAUGUAAUGAUGUUGGAUUUACAACUACAGUACUUUAUGAUUCAAAAAAAUCAAGUUGUUUUAUUUCAGAGAAUUCAUCUUGUUUUAUUGGUUGGAGAAUAUCAAGUUUACCAACAACUCCAGAUCAAAAACUUUUAGAUAUUAUCGAUUGUAAUUUAUUAAUUGAAAUUAAAGAUUCUGAAGAACCAAUUCAAAGUUGUUGGACAAAUUCUGGUAAAUCAAUUAAAAGUUCAUUUAAAUUAUUUAAAUUUAUUGAUCCUUGUAUUACUAAUACAUUUGAUGAAGUAUUUUUAACAACAACUACAAAUAAUCAAAUUGAAUAUAUUUAUUCAUCAGAUUGGGGUUUAAAAACAAUUAUUAAUGAAUAUUUUGAUUAUUUUUUAUAUGGAAUGAAUAAUUCAACAUCAAAUAAUUUAAUUUAUUAUUCUUUCAAAAAUAUUAUGAUUAAGAAUAAUGGAAAUGGUAAUGGAUUAGUUAAAUCAUUAGUUCAAAUUAAUAAUCCAUCUGUAAUUUUAAUAUUAAAUGAAUCAAUUAUUGAAUGUGAAAUUCAAUCAAAUUCAUAUUGGACUUUUACAUUUUUAUUUGGUUUUUUACCAAAUAAAUUUUCUUCAUCCUUUUCAUCCUCUUCUUUAUUAAAUUUUAAUGAUUUAGAAAUUAAAAUUCAAUUUUUAGUUUUACCAAAAUUAUGUUGGUCAACAAUUAAUAAAACAAUUGAAAUUUUAAUAGUUUCUAAAUUACCAACUUUACCAUGUGGAUGGGAUCCUUUAUUGUCAACCAAUUUAUCAACACCAAUUUAUACAACUCCACCUCAAGUUUCAUUAAUUUAUCCAAAUCAAUAUAUUAUUGGAAAUUUAAAUUAUUAUCAAAAUUCUAAUAAUGUAUUAAAUUUAAAAUUUUCAAAUUGGUAUAAAUUAACAACAGAUACACUAGAAAACUAUAAUUUUAGUUUUAAUGAAAAUUCAUUAAAUCAACAUCAAUUUUAUUCCAUAAAUUUAACAGGUUAUAUUUAUAAUAUGGGAGAUGCUGGUGGUGUAGUUAUAUUUAGAUUAGCAUGUGAUAAUGGUAAUGGUACUAUAAAACAAUUUAUUUCAAUAGAGAAUGAUGAAAUUGUUUCAUAUAUACCAGCAGGACGUUAUUAUAAUUUUAAAUUUAAAAUUAUAGUAUCAGAUAAAUCACCUUACCCAUCAAAUCUAAAAUCUAUUAAGGAUAAUGAAAUGAUUAUGUGUAAAGUAUCAUCAAUUGUAAAUUUAGAAAAAUGUUGGAAUCCAUAUGGUAAAUCAGUAAUUCAAUAUAUUCAAUUACCUUUUGAUAGUAAAUAUUUAAAUAAUCAAACGACAAUUUAUUCAAAUGAAAAAAAUGAUAAAAUUUUAUUAAUUUCAACUUUAGUACCAAUCUCUUUUAUACUAUUUUUAAUUUUAUUAUAUUUAAUUUUAAAAUAUUAUAAAUAUUUAUUAUUUAAAUUUAAUGAAUUUUUAAUAACUUCACACCAAAAUAAAUUAAUUAAACCACCAUCAAUUAAAAAAGAGGAGGAAAAAGUAACUAAUAAUCAACAACAAGAAAAUAUAAAAGAUCAAGUCACAGUAGUUACCGAUGAUGAAAAAUGUGGUUGUGGUGAGAAUUUAAAAUAUCAUUGUAAUAAAUGUCCAUCAUCCAUUUCUAAUUAUUGUGAAUCCUUACAAUGUAAAAACCUUAUACAUUCAGCAACUUUAGGUAAUAUUACUCAUAAACAUGAACCAAAUAUCAUUGUUUAUAGAGACCCAAGGGAUACUUGGAUCAAUAACUUCAAAUUUAAACCAAAUGAUGAAAUCGUUGAGGAUUUAAUUUUAAAUAAAUUAAAUAAAUUUAAUUAA